AUGCCAAAUAACGACCCUACCGGCGACGAUGGCGACACUCGUCGCACUCCCGACGCGUCGCAGCCGCAGACGAGCGACGACGUCGCCGGCGAUGGAAACCCCGGCGACGAAAAUGCUGGUGACGACGACGACGACACGCCCGAGGGCCGUGCGACGCAGCUGAACAUGUACCUGUCGGACGACGGCGAAGUGCUGGACCUCACUGGUAACCAGCUCAAGGACCUCGCCGGCAUCCCCCUCCCACCGACUCUCACCGAUCUGGACCUCACCACCAACCGCCUCGCCGCGCUGGACCCGCGGAUCGGUGACCUGGAGCGGUUGGAGAAGCUGUCGUUUCGAAAGAACCUUAUAACGGAUGCCGCUGCAGCGGGGCUGAAGGAUUUGACCCGGCUGACGUCACUGAAAGAGCUCGUACUGAGGGACAACCUCUUGAAGAAGGUGCCGCUCGUGUCCCCCCUCACCGCCCUCUCACUCCUCGACCUCUCCUACAAUCACAUUCACGCCAUGGCGCCCCUGGCGGCCUCCACCCUCCCCGCUCUGCGCGAGCUGUAUCUGGCGAACAACCGCAUCGGGCACAUCGAGGCGCUCGAGGGCUUCACUCAACUGCGCCUGCUGGAGCUGGGGUCCAACAAGAUAAGGGAGAUGGAGAGCCUGUCGCACCUGUCAUGUCUGGAGGAGCUGUGGGUGGGGCGCAACAAGAUCAGGGAGGUGCGCGUGGCGGGGCUCACAGCGCUGGUGAAAAUCAGCGUGCAGAGCAACCGCCUCACCUGCAUGCGCGGAUUCGAGUCGUGCACGCGGCUGCAGGAGCUGUAUCUGAGCAACAACGGCAUCAGUGUGAUGGAGGGGCUUGAGGCGCUCACCACCCUGCGCAUCCUGGACCUCGCUGCUAAUGCCAUCUCCCACGUGCAGGGGCUAGAUACCCUCACCAGGCUCGAGGACCUGUGGCUGAACGACAACCGCAUCAAGUCGCUCUCGCAGCUCAUGGCCGCUCUGGAGGGGCCCAAGGCGUCGCUUGUCACACUCUACCUCGAGCGCAACCCCUGC